GAGACAUAAUUUGGGAAGCAUGAAUGAAGCCAGGUGCCCCCUGAGAAAAUCAUAGGUGGAAGGCAUGGGAGGUAGGCAGCCAUGCAUGUUGCAGACUUCUCCCCUAUAAAUAAUGACGCUUCCGCCUCGCCGCUUCACAUCAUCAAAAUACAAUACAUUCCAGCAUGGCGAAGCUCUCGCUCUCAGUUGUAAGCUUUCUUCUAGUGUUAGGAUUGGGGUGCGCCACUCAUGUUCGAGAGGGGUCGUGGCAGGUGGGAGAGUGCCAGAUCAGCAACAUCGACGCCCGGGAGCCGUCCUACACCGUGAGAUCGGAGGGCGGAGAGACCGAGUUCUGGGACAACCGGAACGAUGAGUUCCGAUGCGCCGGUGUGUCCAUCCGCCGCCACAGAAUCCAGCAGAGAGGCCUCCUGCUGCCGGUCUACCACAACGCCCCCGUUCUCGUCUAUGUCGUCCAAGGCAGGGGAACUUAUGGAGUUUUGAAUUCUGGCUGCCCCGAAACAUUCGAAGCCGAAUCAGCCCAACAACAAUAUUCUCGCAAGGAAAGAGGCGAGAGAUCAUCCAGAGAGGACAGACACCAGAAAGUUGAGGAUGUGAAGCAGGGUGACGUCAUCGCCGUCAGGGCCGGCGAGGCUCACUGGGUUUACAACGACGGCGAUCAAGAGCUUGUUCUUGUUGUUUUCCACCACAACGCCAACUAUGCCAACCAACUCGACCAAAACCCAAGGUCCUUCUUCCUGGCCGGAAACCCCAACAACGAGCAAGAGGAAGAGCAAGUAUGCUCUGUGGUUGCAGCAUUGUCUGAUCUUCCACAUCAGAAAGGAUUUCUUGAGAAAGAUCCGGGCGGGGUGUCUCUUGCGAGACGGCUGUUCAUUUUGGUGGAGAAGCGGUACGUCAAGUCAACUUCAAGUCCAAAUGAAGCCCUGAAAGGAAGUCCGGGUGCAGUCAAAAAGCCCGGUGCAGAUGAUGACGCAAACAACAAGUCCGGUAUGAGUGAUGAAGAUUGGGAGGAUCUGGAUCUGAAGGCGGCAAGCACAAUUCGUCUCUGCUUGGCCAAGAAUGUACUUGCAAAUGUACAUGGGAUUUCGAGUGCAAAGGAGCUUUGGGAAAAGCUGGAAGCUCUGUACCAAGCAAAAGGCAUCUCGAAUCGGUUGUAUUUGAAGGAACAAUUUCAUACCUUACGGAUGGAUGAAGGUGUGAAGAUUUCAGAUCACUUGAGUAUUCUCAAUGGCAUUAUCUCUGAACUGGAGAGUAUUGGAGCGAAAAUUGAAGAUGAGGAUAAGGCAUUGAGACUCAUCUUGUCUCUUCCACGUUCCUAUGAACACAUGAAGCCAAUAUUAGUUUAUGGGAAGGAAACUCUGGUCUUUGCUGAAGUCACGGGCAAACUUCUUUUGGAAGAAAGAAGGCUGAUGAGUGAAGGACGUCCUUCAUCGGAAAAUUCAGCAAUGGUGGCCUUUAGCAGAGGGAGGAAGAAAGACUCCAAGGGCGUUGUUUGUUGGAGGUGCGGAAAACCCGGCCAUACGAAGCGAAACUGUCCAGGUGGAGCUUGUCAAGGUGGAGCGGAUUCGGCAGAAAGCUCCGAACGAGCAGCUAACAUCGUGUUUGAUGAUAACGCCAUAUUCUCGCCGCACUGGUACGCCAACGCCCACAGCCUCAUCUACGUCACUCGCGGGGCGUCCCGGGUGCAGAUAGUCAACCACCGCGGGCAUGCCGUAUUCGACGGCCAACUGAGGGAGGGCCAGGUCGUGGUGGUGCCUCAGAACUUCACCGUGGUCAAGCAGGCUGGAGAGGAGGGCUUUGAGUGGGUGGCGUUCAACACCAACGACAACGCCAUUAUCAACACCUUGAGCGGCCGCACCUCCGCCAUCAGGGGGCUGCCCGUCGAUGUCGUCGCCAACGCCUACCAAGUCUCCAGGGAGGAGGCCGAGAGACUCAAGUUUUCACGACGGGAGACGGUCAUUUUCAGCGGGACUCAGAGACGACCUGCUUCUGCUUGAGAAAAUGUGUGUCGAUAAAUAAAUGUAAAAUAAGUGUUCAAGAGGAAUAAUGUAUAUCGGCUUGUGCUAAAGUGUGAUGCCAACUAGCGUUUCACCCGUGC